GAUUGUUAUCAUGUACUUUAUGUUGCGUCAAACUGUGAAAACAAGUGAUGAAGAAGAAGAAAAUCCUGCAGGGUCUCUGGGUUGCUGUGAGAAACUGGACUAUUUAAAUUGUGAAAGCAGGAGUCCUCAUCCAGAAACGAACAACGCUGAUCAUGCAAAAUGUUGCAUGGAAACACUCAGCAACAUUUUGCAAAAUGUUCCGGAAGAAGACGCUGUUAGAACACUCGAAAUCCUACAAGAAACUUUGGAUGAAACGGAGGUGACAGAAACUACAACCAUCAUCACGGACAACAGUGUGGCUUUACUUUACAAACCCACCGAUGACUUCAGAGGUCUUGAAAUCUUUGCCACUGACAAUGAGAUAAGUUUAGGUCCAGGUGUGAACAAAAGCAUAAUGAAAGUUCACCUGCCAAGUAAGCUGAAUCUUGGGAGGGAUGACAUAAUUAGUUUCUUCAUGAUUCAGCUACCUAGCAAGAUUGCUUUGGAAAACUCAGACAAACUGAUUCGUCGCAGGAUAAUUUCCCUGAGUGUGCGUAACAAGAGAAUUUCAGGACUUCCUGACCAGGAUCGGGUCAAAAUCACCUUAAAUAUUGCCACAAAGAUCAAUGAAACUCUCAAGCCCCAGUGUGUUUUCCUAAACACCAGAACAAACCAUUUCAGUACCAGUGGCUGUAAGACAUAUUGGGAUGAUGAUGACGUCACCUGUUCCUGUAAUCAUCUCACAUACUUUGGUGUGCUGAUGGUGUCUGCAGACCUCUCGCCUAAAGACCAGGAGAUUAUGUCCUACAUAACCAUCAUUGGCUGUAGUAUUUCUCUUACUGCCCUGGCCAUUGCUGUUUUGCUCUUUAUCACAAACAGAGAGGUCCGAGGGGAUGAUUCCAAGAAGAUCCACAUCAGCCUGGCAGUCGCUCUGAUCCUCCUAAAUGUUCACUUCCUCCCUAACCAGGCGGUGGCAGCAGCAUCAUCCCCUGGUCUCUGUCUUUAUGUAGCUCUUGUUCUUCACUAUUCUCUGUUGGCCUCGUUCACCUGGAUGGCCUUGGAGGGCUUCCACCUCUAUCUCCUCCUGUUUAAAGUCUUCAACAUCUAUGUGAAGAGAUACCUGUUGAAGCUCAGUGUGGUGGGGUGGGGUCUUCCGGCUCUCAUUGUGUCGGUGGUUGUGAUCGUUGACAAAAACCUGUAUGGUUAUACCCCUUUGAUCUCAUCUGGACCCAGUGAACUCGCAGUAUGCUACAUAACCAAUGACAAAGUGAAGAUGGGGACGACACUGGGCCUCUUCAGCGUUGUGUUCCUGUUUAACCUGAUUGUGUUUGGGGGGAUAGCUAAAUGGCUUGUGUGUGACAACAUGAUCAAACAGAUUGGGCGUAAGAAAAACAAAGCUAAGGGAGAGAUUUUCACCCUGGUGGCCCUCAUGGUGUUGCUGGGACUCACCUGGGGCCUGAUCUUCUUCUCAUUUGGCCAGCUGACCACACCUGGCCUUUACGCCUUCUGCAUUCUCAACCCUUUGCAAGGUUUCUUCAUCCUCGUCUAUUUUGUCCUGUCUGUAAGAAAUACCAAAACCUCAUCUUUUCAGCCGAGAUCUACAACAUUUACAACUAGGUCUUCUUGAAGCGGUUUCACACUCACACUGUUAGAUGUUCA